AUGAUGAAGUCUCAACUAAGCUCUUCUGUGUUCCUCUUGGUUCUAACUCUUUCCUUUUCUGUUUCAAUGGCAUCAUUAUCCUCCCUUAAUGGUUCAAAAGAUUUCAUAAGUUGCAUACAAUCCAACUCAACCAAUAUCACCUCCAUUUCUCAACACAUUUUCACCUCUAUCAAUGCUUCUUUCCUACCCAUUUGGCAAGUCGCUGUCCAAAACAUUAGGUUCCUUAAACCCUCCACUCCUAAACCCUCUGUCAUCGUGACACCUGUGGAAGCAACACAAAUCCAAACUACUCUAUUCUGCGCUAACAAAUACGGCUAUGAGAUCAGGAUCAGAAGUGGGGGACAUGACUUCGAGGGCCUCUCCUACACUUCUGAUGUUCCAUUUGUAAUGAUUGAUUUCACCAACAUGAGGUCUGUACACGUGGACGUAUCAAAAAGGACCACGUGGGUCCAGGCAGGCGCUACACUUGGUGAUCUCUACUAUAGCAUUUCACAGAAGACCAACACCUUGUAUUUCCCGGCGGGUGUUUGCCCCACGGUGGGUGUUGGCGGGUACAUAGGCGGUGGUGGCUAUGGAAACCUAAUGAGGAAAUAUGGUACUGGUGCUGAUAAUGUUGUGGAUGUUCGCUUCAUGGAUGUCAAUGGAAAGAUUCUUAACAAGAAGUCUAUGGGAAAAGAUUUGUUUUGGGCGAUUCGAGGAGGUGGUGCUUCCAGUUUCGGAAUCGUUCUUUCAUGGAAGCUGAAGUUGGUUCCAGUUCCAGAAAAAGUAACUGUCUUUUUUCUAAAUAAAACUCUAGAAGAAGGGGCAACCAAAAUUUUCUAUCAAUAUCAAAACGUUGCACCAACAAUUGAUAGAGAUUUACACAUAAGAACGCAAGUAUUUUGGGAAUAUAUCGGCAACACCACCAAGAAAACCAUACGAAUUUUAUUCGAAGGAAUUUAUCAGGGCACAAUCGACACAUUGCUUCCAUUGUUGGACAAUACAUUUCCAGAGCUGGGUGUUACACGAGAAAUUUGUGAAGAAAUGACAAGUGUCCAAUCAACCGCAGUUUUUUGGGGCUUCCCAAGCUCCACCCCGACUGAAAUUAUCACAAACCGAUCCGCCAUAUCCAAGCUGAACAACAAAAGUAAAUCAAACUAUGUCCGAACACCAAUCCCUGUAAGUGGGCUCAAAAAGAUUUGGAGAAGGUUUUUAGAAAGCGAUGGAUCGGGGCUUUUUGUGAUCAAUCCUUUAGGCGGGAAGAUGGCAGAGUACUCAGAGACAGCAAUUCCAUAUCCUCAUAGAGCCGGGGUGUUGUACCAGUUUCUCACUACUGUAAAUUUCGUGGAUCAACCUUCGGACACAACCCCUAUAUCGCUCAGGAGGAUAGCUUGGUUGCGAAGGAUGGAAAAGUUAUUGACGCCUUAUGUGACAAAGAACCCGAGGCAGGCGUAUGCCAACUAUGUGGAUCUGGAUUUGGGUGUAGGGAGUGAUAAUUAUGAAGAAGCAAGUGUUUGGGGUGAGAGAUAUUGGAAGAGAAACAAUUUCAAGAAGUUGAUCCGAAUCAAGGCUAAAGUUGAUCCAGAAAAUUUCUUUAAACACCCACAAAGUAUCCCAGUCUUCUAA